AUGCUCCUAAGCGACGGGGAAAAGUCGAGAGAGGACAGUCACGCUUAUCAACAAGUGCAUAAUCGCUACGCGGAGGCUGCUGAGUACAAGGGUCUCCACUCGGGGCGUAGGACCCGCAGGCAGUAUACAGCUUUCGCCUGUGACCGGCCCCGUCUGGGUCAAAGCUCGCCCCAGGCGUUCUCCAGCCGGACAGAGCUUUGUGCGACG